AUGGCUCCGCCGCGACAGCGAGGACCAGCAGCAACCAACCUCGACGACUCUAGGUCAGAAGCGUCAAGCGGCCAGCGAGAGCGGCAAUUUGGUGCGUCCAAAGGUCGCAGAGGAGGGAAUACAGCUACCGCGACGAGCAAGGAUGCAAAACCCCCGCAUCCGGCGGUUGUACUCGCAGGCGAGGCUGAACAGACAACGACAGAACACCCUGCAAUCAACUGGUCCACCAUGCCCCUCUCCGUGCUCCAUCAAUACCGCUACGUCCACAACCUCCCGUGCCCCAGCGCCUUCUCCUCACAAAUCAAUUCCAUCCUUCUCUCCCGCGGAAUCGGCCUCCGCUCCCCCACCGCCAUCGCAGCCCGCAACGCCCAACGCGCCGCGAACAGGACCCCGCAAUCUUCGUCGUCUUCCUCUAAAAGAGCCAAGGAGGCGACAUCCGGGACGCAGGACGGCGUGGGUUUGCAUCCCGUUUCCCAGGCGCGAGUGUCCAAGGACCAUCUGGCGUCGGCGGUGAGGAAGCAUUUUAAUAACACGGCGAUAUCGGAGCAGGAUGCUAUCGCGAGAUCUCUGCGCGCUCCGAGCCGAAAAGCUAUGGUUGUCCAAUUCUGUGAAGACUGCGGGAACCUUCUCGACGACAUUCCGGAUGAGCUUUUACGCUAUACAGCAUUGAACUAUACGCAAACGUCUACCUCUGAGAAUUUCCCGUCGAGGCUGAGGAACAAGCUCAAGUCGUACACUCAGGAGGUGACGAGGGAGGCGGUCGGGUCGGGUCCGCAGAUUGAGAUGGAUUGUGUCAAAUGCCCGUCGAGAGAGGUGACCUAUGCCCAGGUGCAGUUGAGGAGUGCGGAUGAAGGGAGUACCAUCUUCUAUACUUGCAUGAAGUGUAAACAUAGGAAAACAACUAAGCAGACGGAUCUCGAUUGCCUUGAUUCUGGCCGUGAUAAAACAAUCUACUGGCUGGAGCCGAGUUGA